UUGAUAAUACUGUCAUUAAUGCACCAAAUCUGACAGCUACUGGAAUAACCGAUCCAUAUUCAAGAGACAUAACUAGAUGGCCAGAAUAUAAAGUACGCUUUGGCAUCAAGGAUAAGGCCCUACAAUUUAAUCAUUUUGCAACUGAAACGGAAAUGGCUGGCAGAAAGGAGAUUAUAGAAGGGCAAAUGAAAGUGGUCAUGGCUUUCAACUCUACGACCGACGUUGUUACAUACCACAGAACCAGAAAUGUUGUAAACAUACAAGAUGCAGCCAUAGCAGCUUCUCCAGAAAGACAGCGGCAGACCGGAUUGGCUCAUGGAAUUGGAAUGGCCAUAGUUUGGUG